UAUUUUGUAGCGAAAAAAACUGCAGACGUUGGAUUUUUUUUUAAUAAAUAACGUGCUCAUAGUGAUACAUUAAUUUUUUUUUUAAAAAGGCAACGGUAUAGUUUGAUAAUUUCGCAAUAAGCAUCUACACGAGGCAUAGUGCUUAAAACAAAAAUUACGAAUAUUUAAUUACCACAAAAUAAUACCACAAAAUCAAAGUCCCAUAAUUAUUACCAUAAAUAAUGGAGCAAUGCUUCAGUUCUGGAGGCUCGAAUGCCUCCGGAGAUAGUGUUGGAGGUUACUGCCAAAGCAGUGCAGUUGUUAAUGCCGGAGGUAGCAAUGGAAGCGGUGGCGCUAGUGAUAUUAUUUACAACAAGAAUGUCACCCAAAACAGUGGCGGAAAUGGCAACGGUUUGACACCUGAAGUGAAGGAGAUUUAUAGGUCGCUAUAUAUCGUAGCUAAGCAAUUGGACGACGAGAAAAAGCAUAUUCACUCAAUUACAGAAUUAUUUCAAAAUGACUUGGAGCAAAAACGGUCCCAGUUGGUGCAACUCUGUAAGAAGAUCGUUUUUAAGGAUUAUCAAUCAGUGGGUAAAAAGGCGCGUGAAAUUAUGUGGCGCAAAGGUUAUUACGAAUUUAUAGCUUAUGUGAAGAAGAAUUGGCAUAGGGAAUUGAAGGAUACCACCCAGCCGAGCUCACAGGAUAAUCUUCAAAAAUUGGAACGCUUUCUUUGCGCUGGUAUAUCAAAUUAUAAGCGAAUGGCCGCAAAAAUGGAAGAGAUAUACGAUCUUGAUUUGAAGUAUUUAAUAGAUUUUACCAUCAUAAGCGAAAAUUAUAUACGUGAAAUGGAAAAUAAGCAAAUACCUGACAGCAAUUGUGUUGGUGGCGAUAUUAGUGCUGCACAUCCUGUCGAUAAAAGUUUAGAGGCCGUUUCAUUUGCAUUGGAUACUAUACAUUCAGCACUCUUAAGUCUCGGGGACUUACACCGUUAUUUCUUGGAUUUCCGCAUUGACACUCAUCUUAAGAUAACUAAAGAACAGGCAGCCAAAUACUAUUUUGAAGCAUUUAAAUUGAAUCCAGCAAUUGGCAUGUCUCAAAAUCAACUCGGCACCCUUUACUACGGCCAGAAUUACGAUUUGGAUUCAAUCUAUCACUAUUUAUAUUCAUUGGUUAGCAUUGUACCAUUUGAAUUGAGUGAAAAUAACGUUUGUAAACUAUUUUCCGCACAUGCUGAGUACUUGGAAAAAUUGGACCCAGAGAAGAUAGAGUUUAGCUUACAAGAUUUCUACGCGCGUUUUUAUUUAAUUGUUGAUAUAUUUUUCUUCGAUAAAGAAGUACCAGAUUUUAAUUCUCUGUGUCAUUGCGUGCUUGUAGAUUUGCGUAAAGUUCUAUGUUCAAAAGCUUUUACCAUCGAGGAGGGGUGCAUAUUUAAAAUAAUUUCAAUACUAUUUUUCUGCUUGUCGAAGUUAAAGAUGAUUAAUUCGCAAAAGGUUUAUUCUCUAAAUGCUUUCUUAGUAGCUGUGUGCUCUGAUUUGAUGGAUGCAUGCAUUGUAAAUCUCGAGCAAACGAUUUUAGCAAAAUCCCCUGAGAACGAAAAAUUCCAUGGUGUGUACGCUGAGAGGUUUGAAGAAUUCAAUUUAGUUGUGCGCAAGUCUCGGAAUGAAUAUAAAAAUUGGCUUGUUACGAUCGGUGAAGCUGACAGGAAAGAGAAGAAGCUAAACGCUAAACUGUCACUAAAGGACUGCUCGUCCGAUUCACGUGAGAGUCAACACUCCCAUGAUGAGUAUAUUAACAAAACCCAAGAUAGUCAUAAACAUACAAAAAUUAAUGGCGGUCCGGAUAAGAAUGUUGAUCCUAUAUCUACACGUUCGAGUGAUGAAGCCAAGGAGAGUGAUCUUAAAACACCCUUAUCCUGUAAGAGCAAGAAGAAAGGCAUGAAAUUGCGUCGGCGUAGGCGUAAAAUUGCGCAAUCUGACGAUAGUUCAUGCUACGACACUGAAAGUGAUAUGGAUACCGAUUUUAGCACCGAGGACGAAGAUUACACUGAUCUGAGUUCGAAUUUCGAUACUGAUUUUAGCGAUAUUGAAGCGGAACCAGUUGCUGACGAUCGUGAAGAUUGUGAUGAAACUGAUUUUGCCAAACAUUCUUCUAAAUUAGAGCCACAGAAGGAAAUUACACCACGCUUAUUUUCUGGUGCUUCCAAGGAAAGCCUAACUUCUAAUGAGGGCGUCGGUCCGACAUUCUCCGACAAUGAAGAUAUUGUUAUUGAAGAGGAGAAAAUUAUUUAUCCUGAUGAGCAGCAAUCGCAGUUGGCAAAACAACGUACCGAUUCACAGGAAGUUGAUAGUGAGGAAUUACUGCAUAGUUUUGAAGUACUACAAUUGAAUGGUAGUGACUCUCUUAACUUCAAAAGCACUGACAAUGAGGAGUUAUUGCCACCAGGCGCUCAAAAAAAUGACAAGCAUCACACCACUGAUGAUGUCAAUCUAAAUCCUGGCGAGCCACCAAAGAAACUCGUUUAUCGCAACAAGUACACUAAGAUUAAUCCGAAUAUAAUAGUUGAGUUUGCCCGCCAUGAACCAACCAUGCGUGCUCUAAAGAUUCUUUACGAUUGGCUACGGAUAAAUCAUGAAAUUCUAUUCGGUUGUUAUCAUUCAAAUCCCGAGUUCAUACAUAAAAUAAUGAAGUUGUUGAACUAUUGUAAUAUUGAUAUAUUUACACGUAAAGUAUAUUUCGAGCGUGAGUUUCUCACCACACCCAAUGUACGCACCCAACUUGGAGAUCUCUUUGAUGUACGUGCUAACGUUCCAUUGGCUGAGGAUUUUGUUUUUAAAAAUUUCGACAUCUUCCAAGGCACUCAACUAACGCUCGAUUGGGAGACCACCAUACGUGAGCACGUUACACCCGAAGAGGAGUGCAUUUUGCGUAUCUUUAAAAUGGUUGAUUUCGGAUUUUUCAUUUGCAAGCAAAAGAAAUUCAAUUACCGCUUUUGUGUGAAAACACGGCGUUUUACUGAAAACGCCAAGAAGAAGCGCGAAGAGAAAAAAUCGUCAUCACGACGUCGGGAACGACGUACUAUGAAAAAUGCUACACGCAAAAGGGUCGAAGGACGUACUCGCCGUUACUCGGAUCGUAAGAAUGGCAUCGUACGCAAAAGUUAUACAAGCAAUGAGGAAAAAGACACUGUUGAAGAGUGUAAAAAAGUACCACGUAAAGGAUAUUUGCGUAAUCGAAAUAUGGAAAAAUCAAUAACCAGUGGUAAUUCGGGCGGUGCUGGUGGCGGAGGCGGUGGUGGGACAUCAGCUUCUACGACUACGAACAGCGCAAUUUGUGACAAAAUUUUGAUGCAAUCGAGCAGUGGUGCUGACGAAGAACGUUCAGAGGCAAUGUCGAAGAAAUGUGAAAUUAUGGGGAAGUUGUGGCUAAAGAAUGAAGUCGAGACUCUCGAGGAGGAGUUACGCAAGAACCCAAUGAAUAUCAUCAUGACUCCUUUCUUGGUGGUUGAUGCCAAGGCUUUAACCGAGUACAAUGGUAUUGUGAAAAAUUUAGUAAAAACUAAAAAGUUCAUUGUGCUCAUUCCAAAUGCAGUUUUGAACGAGUUGGAUGAUUUGAAAAAGCGCAGCGAAAACGCUCGCAAUGUCAUACGUUGGCUGGAACAGGAGUUUAAGCAUGGAAACCGUCAUUUGCGCGCCCAGAGGGACAAUGAGAAUUUGACCCUUUCUUUGCUGAAGAUACCAAGAAAAUUAGACCGUGAUGCCAGUGUCUUCCUGCAAAUUGCACAAUUCUGUAAUCAUCUUGUUGCCAAUCAUUCUGAUCCAAAAUCCACAGAGUUCCAAACCAAUGUCGUUACUUACUUGUCUGGCGAUUCGCUUUACGAAAAACAACGCAAUCAAACGAAUUUCAGUUUCACAGGCAUUUUGGACGCUAUACCAGUACGUUAUGAACAGAUUUCUAAUUUCUAUUCGAAAUUCAAGGCAAACAAAAAAUGAAAUCAUACACGCUGCAGGAGCAACGCCUGCGUGGAGCGUUUUGUGUGAACUCAAGAUCAUAAAAACAAAUGAGGAGAAUAAAACGGAAGAAAGAGAUGAUUAUAUGAGGAGAUAAAUAAAAACAAGAGCUUAUGAAGGAUUAAGGAUCUAUGAAAACGAAAAAAAAAAUCAAAUCAAUUCAAACAAAACCAAACCUACAACACAGAAAAAAUUCCAAAACGUGAAGGAUGAGUGAAUUAAUUCAACGCAACAACAACAAAAGCGGCGGCAGCCAUUAUGGCAACAACAGCGGCAGUAGUAACAGCAGCAGCAGCAAAAUCAACAACUAUAAAAGGGACUGUAAGUGCAUUCGUGCAGUUCAAAAUCAAAAAAAAAGAGAAGAAAAAAAGUCCUAGAAGAAAUUUUAACCUUAACGAGUUUAUUUGAAAACAUCACGACCACAAUGAGAAUGAAUAGGAAGGUGAAGGUUAUGAUAAUGAGAACGAUUAAUGGUAGUAAGAAUGUACCGAUGAUAUAUGCAUGUGUGGAAGUAUAAGAAGAAAUCGUAAUUUUCGGGUAACAGUAUCGAAAGCAACAUUCUUCAAACAAAUCACGGUAACAUGUGAAAAUGGUUGCAUUGGAUAACCAACUCGUUUGUGGGAAAACGUUUUUUUUUUUUUGUUUGAUGGCUAUGGUAGCGUAUUUUAGAUGUAGCAUUUCGGCGAUUCAAUAGACAUCCUUUGGCGGUGGAGCAGCGGUUAAUUUGACAAAUAGAAACUUUUUUACAGCUCAAAUCACACUCUAUAUAAACAAUUGCAAACAAAUAUUAGAGAUUGAAGAGAAAUUAAAAUAAUCAGAAAUUUAAUAGUAAAACUCAGUAUCAAAUGUUUUUUUUAAAUAUUCAAAAAUGAACAAUUAUUUUUUUUAAUAUCUCUGAGAUUAUUGGAUAUCCCUUUUCAAAUCGAUUUGUAAUAAAGUAAUAGUUACAAUCCAACACAAAGCUUUGCAAACCAAAUCGGUGGCUGCCCACUAUACUCAUCAGAAUUGUGUUAAUGUUUCUCUUAUUUGUAAUUUUAUAUUUUAUGCGGUGUUUCAAUGGAAGGGGCUCAUUUUUUGAAAUCUGCAAUACAUAUAUUGUAUGCUUAAAAUAGCUUUUCAACAUCAAACGUGAAAAUUCAUAAUGUUCAUAAUAUGCGCAUUCAAAUUAUUUUGGCAACUCAACAAGUAGUAUAUCAUUUGCUAAAAACAACAAACAUGCCACAAAUAUGGUUCAUCAUUUACUGAUACAUUUAGUCGAGGCGAAAAUUUUACAUUAAUAACUAUGUUUGACACUACAAAUGCUAAAUACAGUACAAAGUCUUUUCAAUAGCAACUUCCGAAUAAAAAUAUGCUGAAAAUAUUAGGAUAUUCUGCUGCAGCCUUUGGCCGAUCUACUAGCAUGACUCCCGAAGUUCACCGCUAAGUGUAGGAGUUUCUGUUUGUAUAUAUGUGAGGUAGUAUUGAGCGAAAUAUAAAAGAAAUAUAAAAGAAAUUUACACAACAUACUUUUGAAUUAUUGGGCACAAUUUUGGCCAUAUUAUGUGUACUUAAAGUUUUCUUUUAUAUUUCGAGACGCUCAUAAAUGACCUUAAUUCCAUUCAAUUUUAUAUGCUUAUAAAACAUUUGUAAUAAUACAUAUAUAUGUAUGAAUUGAGCAAUGCAGAAAGCAAAAGUUAUGUUAAAACAAUUUCGUUGAUAAAAUACAGAAGAGCUUGGUUUUAUGCCAUUUUUUGGAAGCUAAUAUAUAUCAAAUCAAAUAAAAAAAAAUCAUAAUUUCAUAAUUGUAGCUGAAAAAUCAGCGAUUCUUAUUACUUAACUGUAAAACCAUCUUGGAUUCAUCUUUGAAAUGUUUCAAUAUUCAGCAAUACUUAAUGCAAUCAACGAUAUAUUGAUUUAAUUUACAUCCAUUUAAUGCAAAUUUUUACGUCUUGAUGAAAUUUGUUUCAGAGAUUUUCCCCUUUGUUCAAAAUUAACAUAUCGAAGUGCUCAAAAAUUAUUUAUAAUAUUGUUCAUUUUUUCUGUUUUACACCAUAUGGUUACUAAUAAACCCAAUUUUUAUGAUAAACUAAUAUAAAUAUUCCUUGUGUAAUUUAUGGUUACGGAAAUUUUGUAAAACUAUGGUAGAUAAUUCAGCAGAUAUAUUUAAUUAAUUAAUAUGAACAUCAGUAAAUAUGUGAAGUUAAUCCACAUUCAAAUUCAGUUUUUUUGCACAUUCAGAGAAAAAGGAAUAACAUUAAUUUUUGGCCAUUCAACGCUUACACAUUUUCCGCUGAGUUAUCAAAAUUACCUACCAGCCACUUUAAAUGCCCUGGCUAUCCAUGUGUCGUAUUUGUGAAGAGCAUAAAUUUGGACAGUUCUUCAACAAAAAAAAAAAAAAAUUUAAUCGAAUCAGUAUAAUAGUUUGAAGCAAUAAAUAAUUAUAUAAUUUACUUUAAUUAUAGACAUAAUCAUCAUUUACUUAGUUAAAGCAACCAACCCCCAUUCAACAUUUUCCUCUUUCGUUCUCGUGGUUUUUCAUUAAAUAAUGUUAA